GCCCACGCCUUCCUCGCCCAGCUCAGAGUCUCCUACAGCUUUAAGCAAAGCUAAAGAGCUAGUACAACUCUCCCUUCCCUCUCGACUUGCACCGUCCCGCACACCGCACAAUGGCCACCGAGACGUUCGAGUUCCAGGCCGAGAUCUCUCAGCUCCUCGGCCUGAUCAUCAACACUGUCUACUCAAACAAGGAGAUCUUCCUGCGAGAAAUCAUCUCCAACGCCUCCGAUGCCCUCGACAAGAUCCGAUAUGAGUCGCUGUCAGACCCGAGCAAGCUCGACUCUGGCAAGGACCUCCGAAUCGACAUCAUCCCGAACAAGGAGGCGAAGACGCUCACCAUCCGGGACACCGGUAUCGGCAUGACCAAGGCUGAUCUCAUCAACAACCUUGGUACCAUUGCCCGAUCAGGCACCAAGCAGUUCAUGGAGGCCCUCUCCGCUGGUGCCGACAUUUCCAUGAUUGGCCAGUUCGGCGUCGGCUUCUACUCGGCCUACCUCGUCGCAGACCGCGUGACCGUCGUCUCAAAACACAACGACGACGAGCAGUACGUCUGGGAGUCGAGCGCCGGCGGCACCUUCAAGAUCAAGGAGGAUACCGAGGGCGAGCAGAUCGGCCGCGGCACUGCCAUCAUCCUCCACCUCAAGGACGAGCAGACCGACUACCUGAACGAGAGCAAGAUCAAGGAGGUCGUCAAGAAGCACUCCGAGUUCAUCUCGUACCCCAUCUACCUCCACGUCCAGAAGGAGACCGAGAAGGAGGUCGAGGACGACGAGGCCGAGGAGGCUGAGGAGGGCGACGAGAAGAAGCCCAAGGUCGAGGAGGUCGACGAUGAGGAGGAAGAGAAGAAAAAGAAGACCAAGAAGAUCAAGGAGACCAAGAUCGAGGAGGAGGAGCUGAACAAGACCAAGCCUAUCUGGACGCGGAAUCCCCAGGACAUCACCCAAGAAGAGUACGCCUCCUUCUACAAGUCGCUGUCCAAUGACUGGGAAGAUCACCUUGCUGUCAAGCACUUCUCUGUUGAGGGUCAGCUCGAGUUCCGCGCCAUCCUCUUCGUUCCCAAGCGAGCACCGUUCGACCUCUUCGAGACCAAGAAGACGAAGAACAACAUCAAGCUCUAUGUCCGCCGCGUCUUCAUCACCGACGAUGCCACCGACCUCAUCCCCGAGUGGCUCAGCUUCGUCAAGGGUGUCGUCGACUCUGAGGACCUUCCGCUCAACCUGUCUCGUGAGACUCUGCAGCAGAAUAAGAUCAUGAAGGUCAUCCGCAAGAACAUCGUCAAGAAGACUCUCGAGCUGUUCAACGAGAUCGCCGAGGAUCGCGAGCAAUUCGACAAGUUCUACUCCGCCUUCAGCAAGAACAUCAAGCUCGGUAUCCACGAGGAUUCCCAGAACCGCCAGUCUCUUGCCAAGCUCCUUCGCUUCAACUCGACCAAGUCCGGCGAGGAGACCACCUCCCUCACCGACUACAUCACCCGCAUGCCGGAGCACCAGAAGCAGAUGUACUACAUCACCGGCGAGUCGCUCAAGGCCGUGCAGAAGUCGCCCUUCCUCGACUCCCUUAAGGAGAAGGGCUUCGAGGUUCUGUUCCUGGUCGAUCCCAUUGAUGAGUAUGCCAUGACUCAGCUCAAGGAGUUCGAUGGUAAGAAGCUCGUCGACAUCACCAAGGAUUUCGAGCUUGAGGAGUCUGAAGAGGAGAAGAAGCAGCGUGAGGCGGAGGAGAAGGAGUUUGAGGGCCUCGCCAAGAGCCUUAAAAACGUCCUCGGUGACCGCGUCGAGAAGGUUGUCGUCAGCCACAAGCUCAUCGGCUCGCCUUGCGCCAUCCGUACCGGCCAGUUUGGUUGGUCAGCGAACAUGGAGCGUAUCAUGAAGGCUCAGGCUCUCCGUGACACCUCCAUGAGCUCCUACAUGUCGUCGAAGAAGACCUUCGAGAUCUCGCCCAAGUCGCCGAUCAUCAAGGAACUCAAGCGCAAGGUUGAGGCCGACGGAGAGGAGGACCGCACCGUCAAGUCCAUCACCCUACUGCUCUUCGAGACCUCUCUGCUUGUCUCCGGCUUCACUAUCGAUGAGCCCGUUCAGUACGCCGAGCGCAUCCAUAAGCUUGUGUCGCUCGGCCUGAACGUCGACGAGGAGGUCGAGACCGAGCAGGAGGCCAAGGCUGAGGAGGCAGCUCCUACCGCCGAGGCAGCCGGUGAGAGCGCCAUGGAGGAGGUCGACUAAAUACUUCCACACCAAUUCGGGUUCGAAAAGUUUGGUCGGCGUUUUGAUUCCCCCUUUCUCACGUGUUACGGCUUUUUCUUCCUUUGGCCUCCAUCACUUCUUGCAUGC